AAUAUUCAAUACGUGCACGUGUCACUCCACCCCACCUCGAAGCAAGCAAAUUAUGUUCAUUGUGUUCCUCCAAUUCUCAUCACAACGCCUCUUCUCUCUCCCUCUCUUCCUUUCUUUUUCUGUCUGACACUCGAAUCUUGCCUAAACCACAACCUAACCUCCGCACCUCACAACGCAACGCAGCUUACCGCGAUUUGACUUUCUGAUCCCCCACCAUCGCCAUGGGAACGGAGAAUCCGCCUAAUUACACCUUUAUGGGACGCUCUCUCAGCGAAUUGAGUAUCAACGACAAUUCUUCCUCUGCUUUCAGCGACUGUAACAGCGAUAGAUCUGGUGAAUUCCCCACUGCUUCUUCCCAGAGCCGCCGUCUUCUUAUUGCCUGCGCUUCUGAGAAUUCCGAUGAUUUUAUUCGCCAGCUUGUCUCCGACCUCCAUUCCACUUCUAUUGACGAGCAGAAGCAGGCCGCCCUGGAGAUCAGAUUACUCGCCAAGAAUAAAUCAGAAAAUCGCCUCAAAAUCGCCGAAGCCGGCGCAAUUAAGCCCUUAAUCUCGCUUAUAUCUUCCCCUGACCUUCAGCUCCAAGAGUACGGCGUCACGGCGAUUCUGAAUCUUUCCUUGUGCGACGAGAACAAAGACCUGAUAGCUUCAUCGGGAGCGAUCAAGCCACUGGUUCGAGCUCUCAAGACGGGAACAUCAACGGCUAGAGAGAACGCGGCUUGCGCUUUACUUCGUCUGUCGCAAAUAGAGGAGAAUAAGAUCGUGAUUGGAAGGUCAGGGGCCAUUCGACCGCUAGUGAAUCUUCUGGAGAACGGGGGGUUCAGAGGUAAGAAAGACGCAUCGACGGCGCUGUAUUCGCUGUGUUCGGUGAAGGAGAACAAGAUAAGAGCAGUACAGGCAGGAAUCAUGAGAGCGCUGGUUGAAUUGAUGGCCGAUUUCGGAUCAAACAUGGUAGACAAGUCAGCGUACGUGUUGAGCGUAUUGGUAUCUGUGCCAGAGGCGAGGACGGCAUUAGUGGAGGAAGGGGGGAUUCCGGUGCUGGUGGAGAUAAUAGAGGUUGGUUCGCAGAGACAGAAAGAAACCGCAGUGGUGAUAUUGUUGCAGAUUUGCGAGGACAGCGUGGCUUAUCGUACAAUGGUUGCUCGAGAAGGGGCCAUUCCUCCCUUGGUUGCAUUGUCCCAGUCCGGCACCAAUCGGGCCAAACAGAAGGCGGAGACACUUAUAGAACUUCUACGGCAACCGAGAUCCGGCAACGUCGCUGCCCGCACCUCAGAAGUGUCGGCAUAAAUCUCCCACCCUCCAUCAUGUCCUGCCCAGCCCUGUGACUUUGUUGGACAACAUUCCCCCUACCCAAAAAAAAAAAAAAAAACCACGAACAGAGGAAUAUUGUAAAUAUCUUUCCAACGGAGAAAUGUUUGUAAAUUAGUGCUAGAACUUAAUUAGAUGAGAUUGUUGGCCAAGGGCCAUGGCAAAAAAUCGUAUUCCGAGAUAGCAAGUUUUUUUUUUUUUAAGAUUACUAGUCUAGGUUUUUUUAUCUUACAGAAUUAAAAGCGUUGCUAACUUGCUAUCGAAAUCCCUUCUUUAUUAGUUUUUUCACCUGA